UCUCUGAGCAGAGAGGAGCAACCUGUGGUUCCCUCAUAUCCUUCAGUGUCGGAGUGGGUUCAGCAUCUACGUGCAUAUCUACCUGUAUUCCCUCUCGUGAAACAGAAGUGUCUCAUUGGAUCUUUUACUUAUUUGCACUGUUGAAAAGGACUAUUGGUGAGGAACAUGGAAUAAUAGACAGCAUCCUCUAAACGAGACGUCUUUAGACCAAGCAGGCGCAAAUGGAUGGAGCAAAUGAGAAAUCAGUAGAAGAUGUCAUCUCCAUGGCUGAUUCAUCAGUCAAACUCGAGGACAUUGAAGGGGAGCUGUUCAAAAUUGAGCGACUACGAAACAUCCUUGUGCGGAGAGAAUCAGAGCUGAGAUACAUGAUGGAUGACAUUCAGUUGUGUAAUGAAAUCACAAGGCUGAAGAGAGAGCUGCAGAAACUGGUCUCAAUUCCAGACCAAGACAAGUCCAGGGACGAUAAGACGAGGCAGGAGGAGCUGUUGCAGCAGAUCAGCAAGCUGGUGGAGACCAGAGACUUCCUCGUAGAUGAUGUGGAGUUUGAGCGGCUCAGAGAAAGAGAAGAAGACAGAGAAAUGGCAGCGUUUUUGCAGCCCAGAUUCCAAAGUAUUUUGGGUACAAAAGGUGUUCUGCAAGAUCAGAAGGUGGUGUCCAAAUCUCUGCCCACACCAGCGCCAUUUAUCACUAAAACUGGACUAACGCUACUGAAAGACUGCUGCGGUUUCACGUGCUCCAUCAUGUAACACAUCCGUGUGCUAGCCUACACUUCAUUGUGUGCCCAACAACCGCUGAUGGUAUUUGGAAGGAAACAGUUUUGGUGAGCCAAACCUGGUCCCCUUAAAGGGUUCAUUUUAACCUGUUAAUUGUUGUGAUUUUACAGUAAGGGAAAAGCGUUAGUGGGUGAAGCUAACUCCUUGUUAGACAAAAGCAAGUUGUGAAAAUAGGCUAGACAUGCAUUCAAAAGUUUACAGCGGGACAAAUUAUGAUCACCUGUCAAGGUUAUAGUCAGUGCAUUUUGGCGUCAGUCUGAAAUUUCACCUGAAAGCCAAAUAAUGUCAUCAAAAUAUAAAAUACACAAACAUAAGUGUGCAUGUUAAUGUGAUGUGGCAUGACAAGAUUGUUUUAUCUUACUGUGUUUGUAUAUGUACUAUCCAAACUGUCAUAUUUUAUGCAGUCUUGUUAAAUGACCACAGGAGAGAAGCUAAAAAAAAAAAGUAAUUCACUAACAAUUAGCAUCACUGAGAUUAGGCUGUAACUCAUUUUCAUUUUGGAUUUCAGUACCACAAUUAUACAUGUUGAGUAUUUUACAGCAAAUAGUGUAUCUUUCAGUCAGAGUUCACAU